CGUAACAGCAAGAUAUUCGUUCAGAAUGUAAAUAGACCCACAGUCCGCCCAGCUGAGACCCACUUCGGACAAAAUACGCAGGGGGACCCACUUCGGACAAACUGCGCAGGUGGACCCACGUAUAAAGAGUCAGGCCCCAUUGCUCUCUCCGUUUAUAAAAUGGCCUCAGCUUUUGUGGGGUCACUAAAAUCCACAACGGCCACUCCUCUCUCUCUCUCUCUCCUCUCUCUCGGACUAAAAACCCUAACAAAUCGAAACCUCCGAUCACAGACCAGACCGGCUUAUUCGUCUGUCGAAACCCUAACUAAGCAUAUGGCCUCCGAGAUCGCUCUCCACCACAAGUUCUCCGCCUCUGCCUCCUCCUCCGACGGAAACUCCUCCGACGCCGUGGUGCCGUCCCACGCCGUCGCCAUUACCGAGGCGAGGACGACGCAGCAGCAGCAACAGGAGCAGCUCGCUGUCGCCGACCCUCGGAAGGUAUCGUCGUCAGCAAGGGACCGCCACACGAAGGUCAACGGCCGGGGGCGGCGCGUGAGGAUGCCGGCGAUGUGCGCCGCCCGGAUCUUCCAGCUCACGCGCGAGCUCGGCCACCGCUCCGACGGCGAGACGAUCGAGUGGCUUCUCCGCCACGCCGAGGCUUCCAUCGUCGCCGCCACCGGGUCCGGCACUCUCCCCGCAGGUCCGGUCUCCACGUCCUCCGCAGCCGUCACCGCCUCGUCUUCGCCGUCGAUCUCCUGCCGCGCUCAGCCGGUCUCCGCCGUGGCCGGUGGCCAGGGUUUGUUCGCGGCUAUGACAGCGGCUCCAGCUCAGCCGCCGCCGCCGAACUGUCGGCUUGAUCUUUGCCAGCCGGUGACGCUGGAGUACCACCGGAACAUGUCGUUCACGACGUUGCUGUUGCAGUCCUCGACAACGGAGGCGGAGCAGAGGCAGCAGGAGGAAGCUCUCAGAGAACAUUAAAAGAAGGAGAAGAAGAAAUCCGUAGGUUUAAUAAAUUAACACAGGAAAAUGAAAAUGAAUGUUUAGUUUAGAGUUUAGAUUAGAUUUGGUAUGUUUUAUUGUUAGUUUUGUUGUGAAAAUUAAGAAAAUGUAAAAUUAAGAGGAAAAUUUUAG